AUGCCAAACAUGAAUAAUGUCUCCGUCACCAAUGAAGAAUACGAAGUGAUAGGUGAAGCACAAUGGCAGAUGUUGGAAGGUACCGACGACCAGGCAAUCAGAAUUUAUGGAUACAGAUAUUCAAAGCUACGCUCAACAAUCUUUCAUGCAAUAUGUGUAUCACUCUGUGGCCUUCCAUAUUUCGCUCUGGCAUACUAUCCAUUGUACAACCGCCACAAAUUUAUUAAGUGCAGCUUGAGGACCGCCGAAAAUAUCUGCGUCAUGGACGCAGAAGGCACCUUUACAAUAGAGAAUGUGGAAAUAGUCGAUUUGAAUCUUCUAAACCACAGAGACAAUAAACUUCGUUAUUUUAUAUACCAACACAGUCGUUACAUCUGGCUGAAUGAUCAAGGAGCAUUUAUUAAUGUGCAGGCACUGAACGAAAAACUUACAUUGAACAUUUUGAUGGAAAAUAUGUCUGGUAUAAAUAAAAGGCAACAAAAUGAGCUUAUUAAAUUGUAUGGAAAAAACUCAGUAGAAGUACAAGUGAAAAAAUACUGGACAAUAUUCUGUAGUGAAGUUUUCAAUCCGUUUUACUUGUUCCAAAUCUUUUCAAUAAUUCUAUGGUCGUUGGACGAAUACUACCAGUACGCGACGUGUGUUUUCAUACUGUCUGCGAUUUCUUGUAUGACGGCACUUUAUCAAACGAAACAAAUGAGCAGAAAGAUACACAAGAUGGCGGGUUCUACUAGCACAUUUACCGUAACCGUGCUUCGGCCUUCUCGUAGCGGCCGGGAAGAGUGCGUGGUAAAUGCUAGUCGGCUUGUUCCGGGCGAUGUGUUAGUACUCCCACCUGACGGAUGCGUGAUGCCGUGUGACGCUAUGCUGUUGACCGGGUCUUGUAUCGUCAAUGAGAGCAUGCUUACUGGCGAAAGUGUCCCAGUUAUGAAGGGCCCGCCUUGCCCCACACUUGAAGUGUAUUCUACCGAAAACCACAAACGGCACACGCUUUUCGCAGGCACGCACGUCAUUCAAACGAGAUUUUAUGGCAAUAAUCAGGUUCUAGCAAAAGUAGUCCGGACUGGAUUUUACACGGCCAAAGGAGAAUUGAUCAAAAGUAUACUCUUCCCAAAGCAGUUUGACUUUCAGUUCUACAAGGACGCUGUUAAAUUCGUCAUUUUCAUGUUUUGCAUUGCAGCUAUGGGCAUGGUCUAUUCGAUAUGGCUUUAUGUUCAAAGAGGCAGUUCCUUGGGUACAAUAAUAUUGCGAACUUUGGACAUAAUAACUAUAGUCGUACCGCCAGCACUCCCUGCGGCGAUGACAGCUGGCAUCGUGUACAUGAUGUGUUUUGAUAAGACGGGAACAUUAACAGAGGACGGUUUGGAUCUAUACGCAGUAAUACCAUCUAACCAAGAUGAGAGCUUCGGCCGAUGUGUGGACGAUAUAACUACAUUGCCGUCCAAAAGCCCUUUGAUACAGGCACUGGCGUCGUGUCACUCGCUGACGAGUAUUCAAGGCCAAUUGAAGGGGGAUCCCCUGGAUUUGAAGAUGUUUGAGUUUACUCAGUGGGUACUGGAGGAGCCAGGCCCGGAGAAUACUCGAUACGAUAACCUCACGCCAGCUAUUGUCAAGCCACCGUCUACUCUCAAUGAGGACUUACAGAAUUUAGACAAUCUAGACCCUUUGACAAUGGAAAUGCCGUACGAGAUCGGUCUAUUACGAAGAUUCCACUUCUCAUCGUCACAACAGUCGAUGGGUGUUAUUGCUCGAGUGCUCGGUCAACCUUCAAUGGUCUAUUAUGUAAAGGGUGCUCCAGAAAAGAUCGCAGGCAUGUGCGACCCAAUGUCGCUGCCCGACAAUUUCAACAGCACUCUGAACGAAUACACAUCGAACGGUUUCCGUGUGAUCGGUCUCGCGUAUAAGAAGUUGGACCGUAAAAUGAAAUGGAUGGACGCGCAAAGGGUCAAACGCGAGAUGCUCGAGUAUGGAAUGACGUUCCUAGGUUUUCUAGUCAUGCAGAACAGUCUUAAACCGGAGACAACCCACGUUAUCAAAGAACUGCACGAGGCUAAUAUGAGACAGAUUAUGGUUACUGGUGACAACAUAAUGACGGCCAUGUCAGUGGCGCGUGGCUGUUUCAUGGUACAGCCGCAACAAAAAGUGGUUUUAGUUACAUUAGGCGUGCCACAGACGAGUGAUCAGAGACCACCGCUAUCAAUGGAGAUUAUUGGUGAAGGUGGACCCCCAAAAUUGGCCUUAGACGACUAUGUCAUUGCUAUGGAGGGAAAGACUUGGGCUGUCGUUCGGUUGCAUUACCCUGAGUUUAUGCCUACUGUUAUGAGUAAAGGAAUGAUAUUCGGCCGAUUUGGACCUGAUCAAAAAACGCAGUUGAUAACAGCGUUGCAAGGUGAAGGGCUGAUUGUGGGUAUGUGUGGGGACGGAGCCAAUGACUGCGGAGCGCUGAAGGCCGCGCACGUCGGAAUAUCUCUAUCUGAAGCGGAUGCCUCUGUCGCUGCACCAUUCACUUCACAAGAGCAAAACAUACGAUGCGUUAAGCUGCUAGCACUGGAAGGUCGCUGUGCCCUUAGUACAUCAUUCGCUAUCUUCAAAUACAUGGCUCUCUACUCUCUCAUACAAUUCUUCUCUAUCCUGAUACUUUACAAUUUCUACUCAAUCCUGGGUAACAACCAGUUCCUAUACAUUGAUCUGGUGCUAACUACACUGUUAGCGCUCUCGCUGGGCCGAGCCGGACCAGGACCGGUUCUGACAAAGCAAUCUCCGCCUGUCUCGCUAGUGGCACUGUCCAGUCUUUUGCCACUCUUCAUUCAAGUCACGCUAGUACUACUCGUGCAAGUAGUCGCGACUGUCUUGCUGUUCUCACAGCCAUGGUUCGAAUCAGUAAAAGGCGGUCCAGACGUGGAGCAGGUCAUGUGCUGGGAGAACUCAGUAAUAUUUAUUAUUUCGGCAUUCCAAUAUUUAAUUAUGGCGUGCGUCUACGCUAAGGGCUGGCCCUUUAGGCAACCGUUUUGUGCCAAUUAUUACAUGGUGAUAACACUAAUGAGUCAAGCGGUGUUUGUCACGCUUCUGCUGUUCUGUCCGUGGUCAGACCUCGCCGAUUGGAUGGAAGUGGAAGUGAUGCGACCGGCUUAUGUAGAACAGAACUACUUCCGUAUAUAUAUUCUUAUUAUACCUAUGCUGCAUCUGCUGCUAGCUGUUGGUGUUGAAGCGACAUUCUCAGACCCGCAGCUGUUCAGCAACUUGUACCGGUCGUUCCGACGAUGCUCCAAUAAUAAAGAGGAAAAUUCAGCAGACGCUGAAUGCCCCCUCUGGCCCCCCCACUCGCCCUCGCACGUCUGCUGA